AUGGAUAUCAAAGCGGCUAAAACAGUCAUCAUUACUAUAAUGGCAUUCUCUGUCUGUUAUGUUCCAAAUGUAUGCAUUGGUAUCUGGAUUCUUUUCAACUCUGAAAAAUUCGUGAUGUACGUAAGUUGGCCUGGUCAAGUAUUCCACCUUUGCUUGUUUUUAUCCAGUGCGAUCAAUCCUUUUAUCUAUUGCCUCCGACUCAGAAGGUUUCGCUGCGCACUGAAACAGCUUCUCAGUAAUCCCUGCGGAAGAACCCCUUUUCAAGAAACCAACAAUAAGCGACAAGUACGACAGAGAAUACCACAUCAGGUUUCAAGAGGAGAAAAAAAUAUGGAUGAAUCCAACCAGGCAAUACUAAUGUUGUUUAAUAAUUCAAACCUCCGCAUAAGAAGAAUGGCUGUCACACCUCGAGUGUCCGAAACGAGGGAAAGAAGUGAGAAAAAGGAGAAAGAAUGUCUACCGGGCGUGGGUAAUCAAGUAAUGACCCUCUCAAUAAAGGAACUACAGCCUCCAAAUAUCCCACGGUUGGCCUGGGUGAAGAAACAUUCCACAGACUCUGCGGGGACAAGCCUCAGAGAGGAAAGUCCAACACUCAAAGCAGACAACACACGACAUGUAGUCACCGUGGAGGUACACCGAGUACCUAAGGACAAGCCAAUGAAGCAGAAAGAAGCGCAACUGCCAACGCUAACUGAUGAAUAUGUACAAGAAGAGAGAAAACGUUGAAAAUGUUCAUUCGGGGAAAAUGGACUGACAGCCGCCAAACCAGAAUAUUUCAGUCAGAGAGUACACUUCAAAUCACACACCACAAAAAACUACUGAAGAGGUGGGUUUAGUCUCCCGACCAAUGCAGAACAUUCAGGGAAAGUCAUUGAAGAGGAAUACAUAGAUCCCAAGGAGAAGCCACCAAACCAGGAAAACAAGGAAAGUUUAUCGACUGGUACAGAUACAACCGGGGAUUUAACUGCAGAAGGACAAGCAGUUCCCAGUGAGUUAUCAUCAAGCCACAAGACAAUGGAAAGUUUACUGACCAAUGCAGAUAAAACGGAUGAGUUAACUACAGAGGAACACGCGAACCUCAAGGUUCUGAAGCUAUCAAACCAGAAUAUGGUGCAACUUUAA